GGUAGUUUUCCCCCCUUGAGACUCUGUAGCUUUCAAAACUAUUCAUUUCCAACACUUCCUCCCACCACCACCACCAUCGUCAUUAGUUCCUAAGAUCUGACCACCACAAAACCACUAUCCCCGCAUCUCCUGCCAUGCUUGCGCAGCCAUCAUCACCUUCUUCUUCACUUCCGCACGCAACGGGGUAAGGACUGCCAAUCACCAACCUCCUCCUAUACCCGGAACCCGAAGAAAAAGGACUCGGGCUUCAAGGCUGGGACCCACCACCGUUCUCACCACGGACACUUCCAACUUUCGUGCCAUGGUACACGAUUUCACCGAUAUCCUCUCCCGCCACGUCCCCUUACUCCUGCCUCGACCUUUAUGGCUCCUCCGCUCUCAGGUAUACCCGCUCUGCCCCGUCGCCCACAAGCUUCAUCAGCCAUCAUCAUUCCCCUCCCAUCCAUCCAAUACUAAUAAUAAUACCAACGAGAGCAGUGAUCUUCCUUCUCAGAUCCGCAGCCGGAUUCGACUCCAUCUACACGAUCUACCCCGCCACCCACAACCUUCGUCACCCACCAUCGUUCCCCUCCCGAUCGAGACGCUGAACCCUGAUUCGUCGAAGAGGACAGCUAGGUUGGAGGAGCUGACGUCGAUGAUGUCGCGACAGGUUGUGAAGAGAGGCGACAAGACAACGAUGGAUUUGUGGGAGAGCGAGAUCAGUUGCUUCGACAUCAUAUUUUAGAGGAUUUUGAGUUGCUUUCACUCUCAGCAUUUUGAGCAUUCAUGUUGUGAGAGGUGGGUAGGGAUGAUUUAAUUAGAUAAUUAGAUUUUAUCUUUUGUUUUUAAAUAAUUUUGAUAAUGAGGUGGCAAAUUAAAAUAUUUUAUUUUAAUUGCCACAACGCUCCUUUAACGGUCAACUAAUAGAGUUGACUGCCACAUCAGCAAAAGUUAACGGAGACUAACGACCAAUGACCAAACUUGGAUUGUUAACCUAAUUUAAGUGACUACGUAUUGAAUAAAUUAUUUUUAGUGAC